AGCAAGAUGGCAGCCUCCGAGACGGUUAGGCUGCGGCUUCAAUUCGAUUACCCGCCGCCCGGCGCCCCGCACUGCACGUCUUUCUGGCUUCUCAUCGACCUGAGCGGAUGCCGAGUCGUCACGGACCUCAUCAGCCUGGUCCGCCAGCGCUUCGGCUUCAGUUCCGGGGCCCUGCUGGGCCUCUACUUGGAGGGGGCGCUCCUGCCCCCCGCCGAGAGCGCGCGCCUGGUACGAGACAACGACUGCCUCAGAGUUAAAUUAGAAGAGAGAGGAAUUGCUGAGAGUCCUGUAACAGUUAGUAAUGGGGAUAGUACUCGUUUAUUACCUAGAAAAGCAAAGAAGCGGGCAUUUAAGUUGGACGAAGAUGAAGAAACUGAACUAGAUUACAGAAAUUCAAAGAAGCUUUGGAAGAGGCAUGAGAACAAUAACAGUGAGAAGACCCUGGAUUUAGAACCGAAAGCCGCCACAGACCAGAGUGUGAGUAAAAAAAACAAGAGGAAAAACAAAGCCACGUGUGAUGCAGUGGAGGUUGAUGAUGGAGAGACUGAAAAAAAAUCGCCAAAGAAGAAGGAGAAACGUGAAUAUAAAAAACAUGCCAAGACUCCCAAGUCUUCUAAAGCACAGUCUGUGAAAGAGUGGACCCUCCAAAAGUGCAGCCCUAAAGCUCUUCCUGCUAGAAACAGCCUUGUGAGAGCCAACAGGAAAGGUGGCAUGGUCGUCCGUACAAAAGACAGUCCGGAUUCCUCCUCGGAGUCUGAGUCUUACCACGAAUCAACCAGUGAAGGCCUCAGCAAUGUCAUCUUGGAGGUCAGACACUCCUCAGAGAAAAUCUCGACUGACGUGUCAAAGGACGGAUCCUCCGUGAAAACCACAGCUGCAAACAAAGUGGCUCCAAAAACUGGUUUUACCUCUGUCCCUGUCAAGGGCAAGACCUCCAGAACAUCAUCUUCCAGUUCAGACUCGAGUUCAGAGUCAGACGAUCAAUGCGUGAUGCCAAAAAGGACCCCCGAGUGUGCUGCAGAGUUCUUAAAGACUGUAGGCCUCUUUGUAGGAAGAAAUUGUCCAGGGCCAUCAUCACAGGCUCCAAACGCCUCUGGAUGGAAGCAGUCGGACCCAAACAGUGGCGGUCGGACCCAAACAGUCCUCUGUCCUCCUCCCAAUGUGACUCUCCCCGCCAGUUUGGGAAGAGGCUGGGGUAGAGGAGAGGACCUUCUUUCCUGGAAGGGAGCGAGGGGGCGGGGUAUGCGGGGCAGAGGUCGAGGACGAGGGCAUGCUGUCCCCUAUGUUUUAAAUAGAAACGCCGACUAUCAGAAGCAACAGCAGCUGAAUGAAGUGGUGACAAACUCAUCUACCAUCAUCCAGAAUCCCAUGGAGACACACAGGAAGGACUACAGUCUCCUACCACUGUUAGCAGCCGCCCCUCAAGUCGGAGAGAAGAUCGCAUUCAAGCUUUUGGAACUAACAUCCAAUUACUCUCCUGAUGUCUCUGACUACAAGGAAGGAAGAAUAUUAAGCCAUAACCCGGAGACCCAGCAAGUAGACAUAGAAAUUCUUUCAUCCUUACCUGCCAUGAAAGAACCUGGGAAAUUUGAUUUGGUUUAUCGCAACGCCAAUGGAGCUGAGGUAGUGGAGUACGCUGUGACGCAGGAGAAGAGGAUAACCGUUUUUUGGAGAGAGUUGAUUGAUCCAAGAUUGAUUAUCGAGUCUCCGAGUAACACAUAAAGUGUGGAGCUUCCCCGAGUAUGACCUCUCCACCUCGUGGUUUAUAAAUGUCUUAUUUGUGAAAGUGACUAUAACCUGAACUGUGUUUUUUUUAAAGAAGAUUUGUGAGCUGUGUGCAUUUUCGGUUAUCUUCCAUUUGCUGCAUAGGGAAAAAUCUACCUCACCAUUUAAAAGAACAUGGGUGUUGCUUUUGUAAAUCUUUUUUUUCUCCCCAGGCUUAAUCUUAGUAACAGAAUUUACAACAUGACAUUCCUUCAGGCAUCGUUUAUAAAACAAUAUGUACGGUUUCUUCUCUUUUUUAUUUUUUUCAACCAUCAAGUAGCUUAUCGUCAGUAGGAGUUUGUAAUACCAAAUACAGAAAGUGCUGUAUAUCUUGUCUCAGUAAGUUUUAUUAAGUAACGUUUUAAAACAUGAAAGCAUGUUACUUGACUUAAUUUUUUAAAAUUUAAGUUGUUCCAUUCAAUGUGGAACAUCUUAUACAUUUCAAGUGUUUAUACUUGUGAUUGUCAGCAGUUAACCAGUAGCUGGGUUUGUUACAGGCAAUGAGUUAAGGAAUCCUUUCACACUUUGCUCAACUUUAAGAUGAAGGAUUCUCAGGGCCUGUGGAGAGCAGUGAAAAUAAGUCUGUGUGCUUGGGGAAGAACUAGGGCUCUACUUGAGGGGGAGGAUUCACUGUGAGCUCAGGCCAGGGUGACCCGCCCAGCCACUCGAUCCCGGGUGCCUGGCUAAGUGUGCUGUGCUGGAGUGAGGGUCUUGAACAGAAACUUCCUUUUCUGUUAUUAUUCAACACAAAGCUAAAAAAGGCUGAAA